AUGUCGAGAAGCUAUUCACCCGUUCGUUCACGAAAUGAGACAUUCAGAUCUCUGACGACAUCGGAGCAACCACGGUCGUUGCUCAAGCCGUCUGUGCUAGAUGGAAAAAAAAUUCCAGUCAAGAAUCUCUACGAGACCCCGACAAAGCAGUCAAUGUCGCACGCUGGUGUAUCGUCGGUUCCGAAAAACCCGUCAAUACGAGAAAGCAGUCAAGAACGUGACCCGGAAAAGCACAAAUUGAGAUCAAGCAAGAGCAAAGAGCGAACCGCCCGACGAAAUUCCCGGCAACGAGCUCUAACGCAUAGUUCGUCAAGUGACGAGGAAAUCGACCGCUCGCUAACGCGAGCCGACGCAAAACGACGAAGGAGACGACACAGAGAGUCUGCAGAACAAGCACCUCUGCCACCGCCCACUGUAGCAGCUAAUGGGAUGUUUUUUUAA